AUGCCCUUUGGGCUUUUUGGAUCCAAGAAGCCCCUGCAGGAGGUCCAAGAGGAUGGGGAGAAGGAGCCUGUGGUGCCCCAGGAAGCCCAUGAGCAGGCCCCCAGUGCAGCAGAGGGCAGCUCUGGCACACAACAAGCUUCAACGGAUGAUGGCGCUGACUAUGGAGACCUGGUCUACACAAAGCCAGGCACCUACCGGAGAAUGAAGACUUCAUGGAAUCUAAUGCGGGCCGCCCCCUGGCGUCGAGUCUCAAAGGGAGCUGUGCUCACCAUUGAGCUUCGGCAGUCCGUCAAGGAGAUGCUCCCCGGCUUCUGGGUGUACAACGUGUCACUGCCGGCCAUCCGCAACUGCUUGCUGAAGGCCACCUACGAUCCCCGCAUAAGUGGCUUGCUGCUCAAAGUUGGCCCUGUGGACUGUGGCUGGGCAAAGAUUCAAGAGAUUCUGCGCCACAUCAGGCUCUUUCGGCAGUCUGGAAAAUCAACAGUGGCAUUUUUGGAGAGAGGAGGAGAGAAGGAAUACCUUCUUGCUUGUGGAUGUGAUGAGGUGUACACAAACCCAGUGGCCAGUCUCAACCUGAGGGGAAUGUCGAUGUCAGGCACAUUUCUCCGGGGGACUUUGGACAAGGUUGGCGUUGAGCCUCAGGUUCGUCGAAUCGGGAAGUACAAGUCUUUUGGUGACACUAUUGUGAGGGAGAGCAUGUCAGAUCCACAAAGGGAGCAGAUGAGCGAACUGCUGGAGGACAUGUAUCAGUACUUUGUCGAUGUGGUGGCUGAAUCAAGAAAGAAGACUGCAGCAGAGGUCAUGCACAUGCUCGAUGAGGGCUUUGUGGAAAUGAGCGAAUACAAAGCAGGCGGCUGGGUGACAGAUCUUAAGUACUUCGAUGAGGUGGAAAAGCUGAUAAAGGACAGGCAAGGGAGGGCGAAAAAGGACAGUAUGGCGCAGGUGACCCUGCGUCAGUACACGAGUGUUUCUCUAUCUGCGUUUGGACUUACGGGGCCAGACACCAUUGCAGUGAUUCGCGCCGUUGGAGGCAUUACAGGGUCUGGACAGGGUGCAUCGCCAAACACGAUCACGUGCAAGAAGCUCGCUGAAGACAUCCGGAAGGCCAGGGACAGGAAAAACGUCAAGGCCAUUGUGCUCCGUGUGGACAGCCCGGGAGGCGAUGUGCUGGCCAGUGACGUCCUUUGGCGCGAGGUUCGAAUGGCGGCAAGGAAGAAGCCUGUGGUUGCCUCCAUGGGGGAUGUGGCGGCGUCUGGAGGGUAUUAUCUGUCAAUGGCGGCGGACAAGAUCGUGGCGGAGAGGCUGACGAUAACUGGGUCGAUCGGCGUUGUUGUGGCCAAAUUCAGCUUUGCUGAAAUGUACAAGAAGAUAGGGGUGGGCCGAGAGAUGCUGUCGAAAGGGCAGUUUGCAGGGCUGUUCGCCGAUGGCCGGAGUUUCAGCAAGGAGGAAGAUGAGUACUUCACAAGAGUCGCUAACAUUUUCUACAACAUUUUUCGCGACAAGGCCGCUGAAUGCAGGAACCUGUCUGUGGAAGACAUGGAAAAUUAUGCUCAGGGACGAGUAUGGUCUGGCGCCCGUGCCAGCAGGGUUGGGUUGGUGGAUGCCCUUGGGGGCAUCGACCUGGCCGUGGACGUUGCCAAGCGGGCAGCCAAGAUACCCCCAAAGGCACACGUGCAUGUGUGGGAGGUCUGCAGGGAGAGGGGCUUCAUGGGUGUGUCUGGCGCGGGCGCCUCAGCCCUGGGCUCGCUGUUGCUGGCUUUCUUGGGUCGUUCAGGAGAGUCGGGCAGCGCCAUGGACGUUUUGCAGCAUGCUCGCAGCCAGCAAGGGCUGACGCCCUUGCUGAUGGGCGUCGAGGGUGUGGACGGGAGUGCUUCGGCAGAAUUGUCACCACAGGCCAUGCUGGAUGCAGCGUUUUUGGGACGAGUUGACGACCCCUCUCGGGUGCUCGGAGCUCUUUUGAGGGGGGCAUUUUAG